AUGGGAGACCUGCAUCAAACAAUGGAAGAAUUAAACUUACAGGAAGAUGAAGAAGAAGCAAUAUUUAUCGAUCAACAAGGAACAGAAAAAGGGAUGUCGCUGCAAUACUGUUUCAUUGGUUUCUACCUAACGUAUAGCAUGAUAAAUUAUCCAGCAAUGCGUUCUAUGAUGGCAAACGUUUGGCAUCCAAUUGGAGGCAUCUCAAUCACGAAACUUGGAGAAGGUCGUUUACUAUUCAGACUUUAUAAUGAAGUAGAUGCGGACAUAAUCGAAAGCGAAGGGCCAUGGUGUUUUAAUUCUCAUAUUUUAGUUUUUCACAUGCUUCAAGAACAAGACGAUCCUAUGAAAAUACCUCUCCACUUUGUGGAUUUUUGGAUUCAAAUAAACAAAUUACCAGUGGGAUAUAUAUCAGAACAAAUAGCCAAGCAAAUCGAAAACUUUAUUGGUAAGUUCCUGGCCUAUGAUGCGACAACGGUGACAUUGGGAUACCGAGGAAGCAUAAGAGCUUGUAUUCGUCUUGAUGUACGGCUCCCAGAAAAAAAGCUGGCGUUAGCUAAUGGGAAGUUUACAUACACGACCUUCCAGUACGAAAAACUAAAGCUAUUUUGCUACCUCUGUGGAAAGCUAGGCCAUAGAGAAGGAUUUUGUCCACUACGAUUAACACAUAAGGACCUAUUACCCGUACGAGAUGCUUCGCUUAAAGCACCCCCAGUCAAAGGUCGGUCCAUGCUAGCCCUUGGCUAA